GUUGCACCCCUCACUCAUCUGUCUUUCCCUACACUUCUUGUCUGUCCGUCACUUAUGAUUGUCUCUUUUCAUCUGUUGCACCCCCAGUACCCUUAGUCUCGCUCCCCUCCUAACUCUCUCACUUUCUUGCCCUGGUGUCACUGUCCCUAUGUGACUGUCACUUCCCUCACCCACACGUCUCUGGCUCCUUGACUGUUAUUUAAUAUCUCAGGUUUUGCAAGUAGUCACGUGCUGGUCUAUAUAUAUCCCCAUCUCCAUAUACCUGUACUUGAACCUUCGCCAGAUGUCUCUAGUGGAGCCCACAAGGGACAGACUGUCCAUGGAGUGCACAGGACUGUCAGUGUGAGACAGCUGCAGGAGUUCUAGACAGUAAGAGGCUGUUGGGGGCAGAGAGGCAACUAACCAGUAUUGAGACAUCAGUUGGAAAGUGACGGCUGGAAUUUAGAGGCCAAUUCUAAAAAGCAAAAGAGAGGUCAACUCUGGGUGGCUGGAAAGAGACAGCCAUAAAAUAGGGUGAGAGCGAGUGGACUGAAUUCCUAUGAGGGAAUAGGGACAGUAAGGAGGAAUGAUUGACAGGCAGAGGGAUGAGCAAAGAUAGGAGCAUAUCUCACAUGGAGCACCCCAAGGCAAAUGAAGGCAAUGAGCGGACGUCAGGCUGGUGGGGAGAUGAUCCUCAGUACCAAUAUAUGCAACUGCGAGAUUGUUCCAGCUAUGGGAUCCCCAGCGAGACAUCACCCCCUCCUCUACAGGAAACUCUGGAGCAGCAGCCCCUAUCUCAAAUACAGACGUACGGACACUACACGGAGGAGCUCUCCCAAUUUGCACGGAAAGAAGCAGUGAAGUUACUGCAGGAAAAGCAGCAAGUGGAACCCCCCAAACCCACUGAUGUCCAUAAGGAAUGUUACUCCAAGUGCCACAGAUUUAUCCACCGGCUGAAACAAUACAUCAUAAAGAAGCUUGCAGAAGACUGGAUUUUCCUGGUUCUGUUGGGCUUUAUGAUGGCGAUAGUCAGCUGGUGUAUGGACUAUGCCAGUUCCAAAAGUCUGCAGGCCUACAGGUGGAUGUACGAGUCCCUCUCUCCAAACGUCUGGAUCCAGUAUCUGGCCUGGGUCUCUUAUCCUCUCAUCCUCAUUCUCUUUGCUGCAGUGUUUUGCCACAUUGUAUCUCCGCAGGCCAUAGGUUCUGGAAUCCCCGAGCUAAAAGUGAUACUUCGCGGGGUGGUGCUGAAGGAGUAUUUGACCCUAAAAGCAUUUGUUGCCAAGGUGAUUGGUCUGACAGCCUCAUUGGGCAGUGGGAUGCCCUUGGGUAAGGAGGGUCCAUUUGUCCACAUUGCAAGUAUCUGCUCAGUUGUCCUCAGCAAGUUCAUGUCAGUGUUCUGUGGAGUGUACCAGCAAGCAUAUUAUUACACAGACGUUCUCACAGUGGGAUGUGCUGUUGGUGUUGGAUGCUGCUUCGGAACCCCCCUGGGAGGUGUUUUGUUUAGUAUUGAGGUGACCUCUUCCUAUUUUGCGGUGAGGAACUACUGGCGGGGUUUCUUCGCUGCCACUUUCAGUGCCUUCAUGUUCAGAGUAUUUGCCGUGUGGAACAAGGACGCUGUUACUAUUACAGCUCUCUUUCGUACCAACUUCCGCAUGGAGUUUCCCUUUGACCUCCAGGAACUCCCGGCCUUUGCUGUAAUUGGAAUCUGCUCCGGAUUCCUUGGUGCUUUUUUUGUGUUUAUGAAUCGGCAGGUGGUGGAAGGGAUCCGCCGGAACCAGACCCUGAGCAGCUUCCUCAGCCGCUAUCGUUUCAUUUAUCCUGCAGCCAUUACCUUCAGUAUCGCGACUCUCACCUUCCCUCCAGGCUUUGGGCAGUAUAUGGCUGGAGCGCUCAUGCCAAGGGAAAGUAUCAGUGUCCUGUUUGAUAACCACACGUGGACAAAAUAUACAGGGGACCCCUUAUUGCUCGGUCGUUCCGCUGCUUUCGUCUACCCAAAUGUUUUUAUCACUCUGCCACUCUUCUUCGUCAUGAAGUUCCUGAUGUCAGUCAUUGCAACUACAAUGCCAAUACCAUGUGGCACCUUCAUGCCAGUCUUUGUGCUUGGGGCAGCCUUUGGUAGGUUAAUUGGUGAGCUAAUGGCAUAUCUCUUCCCCAAUGGGAUUCUUUUUGAUGGGAUUGUGUACAAGAUCGUACCUGGAGGCUACGCAGUGAUUGGAGCUGCAGCUCUAACAGGGGCUGUCACACACACCGUAUCCACAGCUGUGAUCUGCUUUGAGCUGACUGGGCAGAUUUCUCACAUUCUUCCCAUGCUGAUCUCUGUCAUUAUGGCCAAUGUUGUUGCCCAGAACCUUCAGCCAAGUUUAUAUGACUCCAUCAUCCAGACCAAGAGGUUGCCAUACUUACCAGAACUCUCCUCGUGCCAUGUUAGUAAAUAUAACAUCUUUGUAGAAGACAUUAUGGUCAGAGAUCUCCAUUACAUCACAUCAUGCUGUACCUAUGGAGACCUACUCAAGGUUCUGCAAAGCUGCACCCACAAAGCAUUGCCCCUGGUUGAGUCAGCAGAAAGUAUGGUCCUUCUUGGCUCUGUAGAAAGGUCAGAGAUCAUUGCCCUGUUGGAGAGACUCCUCAGUCGAGAGAGAAGGGAGCACCUGGCCUCUCCACCAUACAGAGGUCAAAGGCCUGCAGAUGUAGCAGGAAAAAGAGACUCAUUUAAAUAUGUAGAUGAAGAGGAGACCACGGGUGAAGAGGAAGAGAAGAAAGAGGCUAUUGAGGAAUGCAAUGGUCCCAUCUCCUCAAAUAAUUCAGUGGAGCCUCCAAGCCCCCCAGCACAGCCAGAAAGUUCUUGUGGAAGGUUUCGUGCAGCAAUUCACAGAUUCUUCUGCAUCUCCGAGGCAACAAAACCACAAGACACACCACAGGAAUCAGAGCCUGAAGACAUAAUGACACCGGAAGAGAUCACUGUGUGGGAGCAGCAGGAACUUUCUAAACGGGCUUCAUUUGACAGCUGCUUGAUUGACCCAUCACCAUUCCAGAUUGUGGAGCGAACAUCCCUUCAUAAGACUCACACUCUCUUCUCCCUCCUCGGACUGAGCCAGGCCUACAUAACCCACGGGGGAAAACUCAGAGGAGUCAUCGCUUUGAAAGAGCUGCAAAAGGCCAUUGAAGGAACUGCACAAACAGGGGUUCGCCUGCGCCCUCCUUUAGCCAGUUUUCGGGAUGGCAGGAGGUCAAUGUCUCAGAAGAAUUCCUACAGACCAGUCCCCAAGGCGCCACCUUCCCCUGACCCUUCUGUGUUGCCUGAUGACCCCACAAACCUGGCGACACCAGACUCUGAGCUGGAUGAUCUCUCUGGUCAGGGUUCAGAGAACGUCUCCCAAAUUCUCAAGGACUUCAAGGUCUCCAAUGAGCACAGUGAUGAAGAUGCACCAUUGUAGCCUUUGGAAUUCUAAUGAUUUCAAGGAUUUUGUGAAAGUUACUGCUUGACAACAAACUCCUGGUACCAAAGAUACAUUAUUCACUGUUUACAAUGCCCCCACUUCAUGUGCCCAUAAAGAAUCUCAUAGCUCUUCUCAUCAUGAAAAUCAGCUGGAUUUGACUGUAGGAGGAAAUGUGGGCCCUAAAACAGUAUUAUUACCCUUAAGGGCCAUCAGGAACAGUAGGGGCCUAUACAAAUUCCUUGAUAUCAGUAGUAACUGGAGAUGGCAGAAGGGGGUAUUUGGCAAUUUUAUGUGCAAUUCAGCACCAACAUUUUCUUAGAAACACAAAAGUCUGGGGGUUUGUUGAUUCCAGUCUUUGAUAGAUUACCCAACCUGCUGCCCAUGGCGCUCCCUACAGUCCUUUCACUUUAACCCACUGAUGGGUUUCAAUAUACA